GUCAAACUUAUUGUGUAAACAAUAUCUUUUCCUGCGAAAUUUUUCUUUCUAUUUCAACGUAAAAAAUACUUCUUUUUCUACCUAAAAGGACGUUAUGAGAGUUCUGAUGGGUAAUGAACUCUUUUAAACAAAUCAAGAAGUCGCAGACGAUAUCUGUCGUGUAGAUAUUUGACAUUAAAUAGAAUGAAACCAACAAGCGCUGGGUGGUUGUUUAUCGUCUCGUCGAUCCUUUUUGUUUCACAGACAAUCUUCAUAUAUGGUGUAAACGGAGAUUUUGAUAUAAAGGAAGCGCUUGCAAGUUUAGCUCCUGUUGACAUCUCUGAAACACAUCACAUGCACAAGCGAGAUGACCCAGAUGGAGAUGAUAUGGGGACGCUACACGGGGUGAAACUGAGCCAUGAUAAAAUUUUAGACAUUAAUGGAAAAUCGACAGCUAAGGGCCGUCCCAUUAGAUCGGCAAACUCUUCAGAGAUGCCAUCAGGCGAUAAAAAGGAUGUGCCCAAGGACACUAAUGCUUCCACAAAGGAUACUUUGAUGCCUGACGAGGCUGCUUUUCAAGCAGGGGUCAAGGCGACGAAGAGUUUGAAGGAAAAAGAAAAGUUAGUUGGAAGUAAAGGAGGUGAUGUAGACGAAGAUGAUGGCGAUGAUGAUGAUGAUGAGGAAAAUGAUGAAAAAGAUAGCGAUGAUGAUAAAAAUUAUGAUUCAAGUGAUACAGAAGAUGACAGUGGUGAUGACGAUUCUGACAACAAAGAAUCGAAGCAGUCUAAGAUAAGCUCUAAGAGUAACAAUGAUUCGCAGAAAAAGGCUACAGAAGAAGAGGAAACGGAUGCUAUGAAUUCUGCCGAUGACGAAAAUGAUUCUGAGAAAGCUGAUAGUGACAAAUCAAACGAGAAUGAUAAAGAAUCCGACAGUGACAAUUCUGACAACCAAGCUACUAAAAAGUCGGAGAUUACCAAAGAGAAAACAGAGGAAUCGAGCAGUAAAGAAUCGGAUGCCAAAGAGGAAAAAGGUGCAGAUGAGACGAAUGAUAAUGGUUCGGAAUCUAAGGUAGUCGAAAAAGACUCGAAAGAUAUAAAUUCAAAGGAGUCUACCAGCGAUGAUGAAUCAAUCCCAAAGAAAUCAGAUGGCAAAGAAACCGGUGUAUUGGAUUCUAAAGAAUCUGCGCCUAAAGAAUCAGAUAGUCCUCAGUCUGAUUCCAAGAAAUCUAGCGAUGAAGAGUCUGCUUCGAAGGAUUCGAAAUCCAGUGAGGAUGAUGAUGAUGAGGAAGAUGAUGAUGACGAAGAUGAACAUGAGACGGCAGAUUCUAAAUCCGAGAAGACGUCUAAAGAUUCCAAGAAGGCUCCAAGCGCCAAAGAUUCUAAGAGUAAGAGCGCACACGGAAAAACUUCAGACGAUGAUGAAACAUCGGAUACGAAAAAUGAAGAUUCGCAUUCCAAAGACCCCGCAAAUGAUGAGGAAGAAGACAGCGACUCCGAAGAUGACUCGGGAGACGAAUCAGAAGAUGACGAUGAUUCUAAACAUUCAGAUAAAACCGAGGACGAUUCGAAUGUGAAGAAGGAGGAAGAUUCUGGGAAUUUGGCUCACAAAGGUAGCGAGUCUAAUGAUUCUGAUAAGGAAGACUCGGACGAAAAGGACUCCGAUGAAUCUGAUGUAAAAGAAAAGGAUUCCAAAGGCUCCGAUGACGAAAAUAAGGAAAAACAGAAAGAUUCUAAAAACUCUGAUGAAAAAGAAGUAAAUUCUGGUAAUUCUGAUGCGAAGAAAAGUGAUUCCAACGAUAAGACAAUAGAAAGUCAGAAGGAUUCUAAGAGCUCAGACGAAAAGAACGAAGAUGACGAUGAUUCUGAUAGUAAGAAAAGCAACAUCAAAGAUCCCGAAGAUAAGAAGGACGAUAAGGUUAAUAAGGAUGGAGAUUCUAAGGAUUCCAAAGAAGAUGACGAAGACUCCAUUGAUUCUGACAGUAAGGAGGAUGACUCCGACAGCAAGAAAGUGGAAAUCCAAAAGGAUAAAGAUGAAAAGGACGGAGACUCUGAUGAGUCUGAUACUGAGAAAAGCGAAUCUAAAGAUUUAGAUGAAGAGAAAGUGAAAAGUGAAAAAGAUUCUAAGGUUGAAAAGGAAGACGAUUCCGAUGCAAAAGAAAGUAGUACAAAAAAUCCGGAAAUCAAGAACUCGGUUACAGAUAAAAAGAAUGGCGAAAAUUCGAAUUCUAAAGUGUACAACAUUGGUAUUGAGAACUCCGAUGACGGAAGUUCUGACGUAUCUGAAGAAAAGGACUCAGAUUCUAAGAAAAAUGACGACGACGUCUCUAAUUCGAAAGUUUCUAAUCCCCAAACAUCGGAGGAUAAAAAGGCCGAGGGUGACGACGACAAAAAAUCUGACGUUGAUGCAGUGACCUCCAAGGAUUCGGAUGAUGAUAGCUCUGGCAGUUCUGGUGAAAACAAAGAAAACUCCAAAUCUGACGACGAAUCUGAAGAAGACCAAGCAGAUUCAAAGAAUAAUGAAAGUUCAGACAGUGAUCACAAAGAUGAAGAUGAUUCUAAAGACGAUUCUGUAAAGAACACCGCCACAAGCGACGAUGAAGAGGCUGCAUCUUCAGAAAGCAAAAAGGUGGAUGAUUCAUCAAAUUCGAACAUCGAAGGCAAAGAUUCAAAGGAAGACUCCGAUGAACCUUCAACGAAUUCGGAGGUUAAGCAAGAUAAAUCUCCGUCAAAUAAAGAUGACGUAAAGAAAGAUCAAAAUGACGACGAGAACAUUGCCCAAGACAAGAAUUCGAAGGAAGAGAAAAAGGAUGAUUCGGAAGAAGAUGAAAAAGAAAGCGAAAACAUCGCUCGAGACCAAAAUUCAAAGGAUAAGUCUGAUGAAGAUUCGUCGAAUAAAGAUAAAUCGAAGAAAGAUGAACGUAGUAAGAUCCCUAAAGACCCGGUCCCGAAAAGCCAACCUGAUAAAUCUUCAUCGAAUGAUGAUGAUUCGAAGAAGGAUGAAAGUGAUGGUGAAAAUAUCGAGGUAUUGAGCAGUUCUGGAAAAGAGUUUGAACCUAAGAAAGACUCUGAUGACUCCGCCAAAAAUUCUGGUGAGAGUGACGAGGAUGCUGAAGAUGAUAAAAAUUCUGGUGAGGGUGACGAUGAUGAAGAAAACAAGAACGACGACGACGACGAUGAUAAUAAUGACGAGUCACUUCCCGGUGGAACUGGAGGUUCGGAUAUACCCUUGAAGAUACCUGAGGGGUCUGCCGGAGCAAAAGAUGGCGAAGCUUCAGGAUUUCAGUACGAUAAGGAUAAAGAAGGAUCAUCAAAUAGCAACAAAGCCAAGGAUGACGAUAAUCAUGAUGAUGAUGAUGACCAUGAUGAUCACGAUGAUAAUGAUGAUGAUGAUGACAGUGGCGACGAUGAUGAUCAAAAUGAGAAAGACGACGAAAAAGCUUCAGUAAAAUCUGACGUGUCUGAGGGUAACGCAAAACCUGAAGCUAAGGGCAAGGAUAUCACUUCGAAAGACUUCGAUAGUGGUGAAAAAAAAGAUACCUCCGAAAGUAAACAGGCAGUUGCUGCAUCCAGUGAUGAUAAUGCCAAAGAUAGCAGCGAAACUGGCGACAAAGCGAACAAGAAAGACGUCAAAACAGUUAGCGAUGAUAAUACGGAUAAAGAGGGCAGUAAAUCAAAAUCAGACGGUGCGGACGCCAGUGAGAAAGAUAAGGAAGAUGACGAAACCCAAAUAAACAAGAAAGAUGAUGCUCAUGGUGGAAAGGAUACAAAAGAGGAAGAUGAUAGUGAGGCAGAAAAGGAUGAUAAAACUAUUGAUUCUAAAGAUGACGACGUACAGAAGGAAAAAGACAAGGACGUUAAAACCGAAGAUAAGGAUGGCGUCACUGAAAAGAAGGAUGACGAGAAGGUGAAUACAAAGGAUGAGGCUAAUGAAAAACAGAAUGAUGACAAAACCGACAAGAAAAAUGAUGAGGAUACUGAAAAGAACAAGGAGGAUGUUACUGAAAAGGCAAACGAAGACGAAAAGGAUGAAGACGCGACAGAUGAAAAGGUUGGGAAAGAUCAAGAAAAAGAUGACGCUGACAAAAGUGUGAAAAAUGAUGCUGCUCAGGAAGUGAAGAAGGAUGAAAGCAAGCAGAGUGAUGCAGAGUCAAAUGAAAAGGAAGGUUCUUCAUCUUCGAGUGAUGAUGGAUCGUCUAAAGAAGCUUCAUCAGAAGAUACACGAGAAGACGAUAAAUCAUCAUCAGGUGAUGACAAGCAAGAUGAUAAAGCUACUUCAGCAAGUGAGGAAGACAAAGAUGAGAGUGAUGAAAAUGAUGCUGAUGAUAAUAGUGACGGUUCUUCGUCAGACAAAGAUGGCUCUUUGUCGGAUAAAGACGGUUCUUCGUCGGAUGAAGACGGUUCUUCGCCGGUCAACGAUGAUUCUUCGUCGGGCAAAGACAGUUCUACGUCGGUCAAGGAUGAUUCUUCGUCUGCCAAAGACGGUUCUUCGUCGGGGAACCUCGAAAUAAGCUCAGGAGUUUUCAAGGGCUCUGACGACGAAUCCUCUCAGAAGUCUACGUCGGGAUCAAGCAAGGACGUCAGUGACGAUAGUAAGGCAGAAGAAACUGGUGAGAGGGCCGUGGCGGACUCCCUGGCUUCCUCCAGUAGUGUGGUUGAAGCAAGGCGGAAAGCAGAAAUGCUCGCAAGAAAGUCUCAUGUUACCAUCGCUCCAAAGAAAAUCAAUUUGAAAGCAAAAACAGAAAACGAGAAGCUCCCGGGGAGUUUUGGUUUCGGAGAGAACGAGGCCGCUGAUGAUGAUGACAGCGACGGAAAAGGAUCAUCUUCAGAUGCUUCAGAGGGGGAUUUCAUCACAAAUUCUGGGGUAUCUCAUGCCUCGCAGCUUGGACACGGCAAGAAAGACAAGCUUUUCACUGAAGAACUCGCAAAGAACAAUCUUGCAGCAGCAGCUGACGAUGACAAAUCCAAGGAAGGUGAAAAGAAAAGCGAGACAUCUGAGAAACCUGAUGUGGAAGUUGAAGAUGUUGACGACGAUGAUGAAGAUGAUGAUGAGAAUAAUUCAGGCUCGGGAAAGAUUGAGUUUGGAUCUGCUGACCUUGCUGAUAACGAUGAUGAUGAAUCGAACGAAGAAGACAACUCCUUUAAAUGGCCAAAAUAUGGUGACGAAAUCACCCAAGAGAUGUUGGAUCAUUUUAUGAUUGCCCAGUUGAUGGAGCAGAACCUCACGUUAUUCUAUGGUGGUCUGACAGGCCGGCCUGGUCCACAGGGCGGUCAGGGUCCGUUAGGAAGACCUGGUGACGUCGGACCCGACGGCCCAAUUGGACCACUCGGACCCGUUGGUGAAGAAGGCGCGCCAGGUGAACCUGGAGAGGUUGGACCCAAGGGGCCAAAGGGGGAUCCUGGGGAACCAGGGGAAAAGGGCAGGCAGGGUAUCAUGGGUCUUCAUGGCCUACCCGGAGAACCUGGUAUUCCUGGUGGCAGGGGAAAGCCUGGGACAACUGGACCCGCCGGACCGGGGACAGAUCUCCCCAGCUGCAUGUAUCUUUGCGAAGGCGAGAAGGCCUGGCUACAAUGCCAGCAGUUUGAACUGCUGCGCAUCAAGCGAGUGUAUUGGGGUCGAGAUAACGAGAAAAUGUGCCCCAAGAUUCCGCCUGGGCUUAGCGGAGACGGCUGUGAUGCCGAUGAAGAAAACGCCUUCGAUAAGGUCGAGCAGCAAUGCCGACACGACCAAGCAUGCGAGGUGGUCGCUUCAAACGUCUUCUUUGACGAUAACACGUGCAAGAACACCUAUAAAUUCUUGAAGAUCUGUUACGAUUGUAUUCCCGACUCGUUGAGUAACCGCGCCGAGCUGUUGAGGACGACCCGUGAACGAAGAAAGAGGGGAAAGAGAGGGGAGUUCGGAAACCAGGGCAAAUUCAAGGGCAUGUCCUCCAGGCAAAUUCAAGAGGAAAGGAUGAUGGAUUCAAUGUGGGAACACCCUUUGAAAGCUAGAUUGUUAUAGCUCUCGAUAAAGUAAACAACCGUACGAACUAACGAUAUGUAUAUACAUACAACAUAAUAUUGUAAUAACAAUUUUUGAAAGCUUUUUGAAAGUACGACUGCCAGGUGUAUAUCCUGUAAAGAAAAUGAUUCUUUGGAAUCACGUUGUAAAUAUGCUGAAAGAAAAUCCAAUUCACGUAGGAAUACACUUAAAAUAUCCCGGUGCCUGAGGGGGUUUUGAAAGCCUUUUCCGAAGAAACCUGUUAGUUUUUGAAAAAAAACUUUCUGCAUAGACUGUUCUUUAUAGCCAUUUCACGCCAAACUGUACCCUUUCGAAAAAUCAUCAAUCGUCUUCUUAGUCCAUCGAAAUUUCGCCCACGGAGGCGGAAAUUAAAGACGGUAAAUUAUUCUUUGGUGUCACUCGUUUUGAUAUUGAGUAAAUGGGAUCGGCCUAAUAUGCGUUAUUGUUCAUAUUAGGAACAUUAAAAAUUUAUCCAAGACGUUUAUAUAAUGAUUAUGUCGUGUUCUAACGGUUAUAACUAAUGGACAAUAUUUAUGGUUUUGGUUUAGUUUGUAUAACACCUUUUUCUUAUAGACUAAAUAGAAAAUUCUAGGCUAAAUUGUACUCAAUCGAUAACAUGAAAUAAAUUACAUAUAGCCUUGUUACAACAACACAGCUCGUUCUGGUUCACUGGGGCAAAAAUGAUACUACAGAAACCAACGCUGUAAUUAUUAAAGGUAGAAUUAACAACGGGAUUGUCUAUAAAUUGCAAAUAUAAAUAACUGAAGUCUUAUAUGCCUACGUUAAUGUUGAAAAGAUAAUUUGCAUAGCGUGAAACGGAAAAAAAAAGGGCAUAAAAAUGGGUAUUCUUUGGAAUCA